AUGCAUGAAUUUUCGCUGUAUGGGCAAAUCCCUCAAAAUGAACAGCCUCGCCUUCUCCAGCAGCUUGUGGGGGUGACUCGAAUGAAGCCCCAGGCAUUCCAGGAGCUACACCUUGUGUUCCGAUCUCAAGUCCCAUCCGGCAUCCCCAAUAUUCCUUCCUCUGGGGAAGCCUCAACCAAGCAAGAUGUCCAGCGGAUUGCCAAAAUGCUGACGGCAAAUUUGUACUUUGUCCAGGUCAUAGGAGAGAUAGAGAAGCCUUCCGGCACGACGUUAGAUGAUGCAGAUAUGGCAAACAACGACGAUUUCCGAGACUCGCAGAAGGAUAUCUCAUGGUACUUCGAAUUCAAGGAUACCCCUGAUCCUGGCAAGCAGGCUGUCAGUGGCAGACUCUUGUCCAGGAUACCUAUCGAGGAUGGCAACAUCGUCAAAUUCAUGAAGUCCUUCGGUUACGACUAUGUCAACCGCUAUCUGGUCAAAGGGGACAGAUUCUAUGACCAGGACACCACACUGUCUUUACACCAGCUCUAUCGUAUACCAGAGGCUAAGGGAAACGAAGCCGAGGACUGGUCAUUUGCGAAGAAAGACGAUGCGGUGAGUCUUUUCGACAUAAGUGGCGCCUAUAUCCUGCAUGUUUCAAUUGAGGCGGUGGAUGGAAGUAAGGCCGAAUUGAAGGAUCGUGCCAGCGCCCAACUGCUCGCAAUGAGAGACACCCUGAAGCAGGCGGUAGCUUUGACGCCUGGAGAUCGUCUAGCACUAGAUACGAGAGGUCCGGCCAGAAGAUGA